UUGUUGGUGCAUACCGUGUGUAUAUUGAGUCAAAAAUAAUGUAAAAGUUUUUUUGACAAAAAAAAAAAUAAUAAAAGUUUAUAACUUUUGAAAAGGAAAAAAAGAUGGAACAAAUUCCCUUCAAGUAAUUGGGCACAACAGAAAAGAAUCUGUUCGUGACGAUAUAUAGAAUGUCUCCAAGUGCUACUUUCUUUCAUUCUUUGUUAUCUUUUUGUUGAUGCUUUCCUUUGCCUCACUAACACACAAGUAAGUUUCUAGGCCAAAGAAGCACCAUCACCUUUGUAUAUUCCUGGAGGAGAGGGAGUUAUAAUAACUAGAACUAGAAGGAGUGGUAUAUAUGCCAGGGAAUAAAUACAACGGUGAUUCAAAUCAUAUACCAGGUCGUGUAGAGAGGUUAUUAAGAGAAAGAGAGUUAAGGAAAAGUGGAAAUAGAGGAAUUCAAUCCAACAAUGAACAGUUGUUGGGUGAUGAAUAUUUGGAGCAGGAGGAUCACAAUGUUGAGAAGAUACCCGUAAAAGAGGGAAAUAGAGUUGAGAGGCAAGAAAAUGAUGAUCAUGGGAAAUAUAGACAGAGACUUUUGGUUGUGGCAAACAGGUUGCCCGUGUCGGCAAUAAGGAAAGGUGAAGAUUCUUGGUCUUUGGAGAUCAGUGCAGGUGGCUUAGUUAGUGCUCUCUUAGGUGUGAAGGAGUUUGAGGCAAGGUGGAUAGGUUGGGCCGGAGUGAAUGUUCCAGACGUGGUUGGACAGAAGACACUCACUAAAGCAUUAGCCGAAAAGAGGUGUAUCCCUGUAUUUCUGGAUGAAGAGAUUGUUCAUCAAUAUUACAAUGGUUAUUGCAACAACAUUUUAUGGCCCCUUUUCCAUUACCUUGGACUUCCACAAGAAGACCGUCUUGCAACAACUCGCAGUUUCCAAUCUCAAUUUUUGGCCUAUGAGAAAGCGAAUCAAAUGUUUGCUGAUGUUGUGAACCAACACUAUGAAGAGGGUGAUGUUGUUUGGUGCCAUGAUUACCAUCUUAUGUUCCUCCCAAAAUGCUUAAAGAAAUAUAAUAGUAAAAUGAAAGUUGGGUGGUUUCUUCACACCCCUUUUCCUUCUUCUGAAAUUCAUAGGACGCUGCCUUCUCGUUCUGAGCUCCUGCAUUCUGUUCUUGCAGCUGAUUUAGUUGGUUUUCACACGUAUGAUUAUGCAAGACAUUUUGUUAGUGCUUGUACUCGCAUCCUUGGACUUGAGGGUACACCUUAUGGGGUUGAGUAUCAAGGGAAGCUAACUCGAGUUGCCGCAUUUCCAAUAGGGAUUGACUCGGAACGAUUUAUACGUGCACUAGACCUUACUCAGGUGCAGGAGAAUAUGAAAGAAUUGCAAGAAAGAUUCAAAGGCAGAAAGGUAAUGUUAGGCGUUGAUCGGCUUGAUAUGAUUAAAGGAAUUCCUCAAAAAAUUCUAGCAUUUGAAAAGUUUUUGGAAGAAAAUGCUUAUUGGCGCGAUAAAGUAGUUUUGCUUCAAAUCGCUGUCCCAACAAGAACAGAUGUUCCUGAAUAUCAAAAGCUUACAAGUCAGGUUCAUGAAAUUGUCGGUCGCAUCAAUGGACGAUUUGGAUCAUUGACUACUGUUCCUAUACAUCACCUGGAUCGCUCUCUUGACUUUCAUGAACUAUGUGCUUUGUAUGCAGUUACUGAUGUAGCGCUAGUCACAUCUUUAAGGGAUGGAAUGAAUCUUGUCAGCUAUGAAUUUGUGGCCUGCCAGGAGAAAAAGAAAGGGGUUCUCAUUCUUAGUGAAUUUGCUGGUGCAGCCCAGUCUCUUGGUGCUGGGGCAAUUCUCGUCAAUCCGUGGAAUGUUACAGAUGUUGCUACUGCAAUUGGAAGAGCUCUGAAUAUGCUACCUGCAGAAAGAGAAAAGAGACAUAAGCAUAAUUUUCUUCAUGUGAAAUCCCACACUGCACAAGAAUGGGCAGGAACGUUUGUAAGUGAACUAAAUGAUACUGUUAUUGAGGCACAACUAAGGACAAGACAAGUUCCGCCUAGGCUUCCAACUGACAUUGCAAUCAGACGUUAUCUACACUCAACUAAUAGAUUGCUCAUUUUGGGAUUCAAUGGAACUUUAACUGAACCAGUUGAGAAAACUGGAGAUCAGAUUAAAGAAAUGGAACUUAAGGUGCAUCCUGAAUUGAGACAACCCUUGACAGCACUUUGCAGUGAUCCAAAUACCACAGUAGUUGUUCUCAGUGGAAGUGGUAGAAAAGUCCUAGAUGAUAACUUCAAAGAAUACGACAUGUGGUUGGCAGCAGAGAAUGGGAUGUUUUUACAACCUUCAAAGGGUGAAUGGAUGACAACAAUGCCAGAGCAUCUGAAUAUGGAAUGGGUCGACAGCGUGAAGCAUGUUUUUGAGUACUUCACAGAAAGAACACCGCGGUCACAUUUUGAUUUCGAGGAGAGGGAAACUUCACUUGUUUGGAAUUACAAAUAUGCAGAUGUUGAGUUUGGUAAACUUCAAGCAAGAGACAUGCUGCAACAUCUAUGGACAGGUCCGAUUUCUAAUUCGUCGGUUGAAGUUGUUCAAGGGAGCCGAUCUGUUGAAGUUAGAGCUGUUGGUGUUACAAAGGGAGCCGCUAUUGACCGCAUCCUUGGUGAGAUAGUUCAUAGCAAAUCCAUGACAUCACCAAUUGAUUAUGUUCUUUGUAUAGGACAUUUUCUGGGGAAGGAUGAAGAUCUUUAUACCUUUUUUGAGCCAGAUCUUCCAUCUAUUGGUGUGAGUCUUCCGCGAAGUAAGUCAACAACAGAAGCAGUAAAGUUUCCUGCUGAGAAGAAACAAGCUUUAAAGAUCCCAGCUAGUAGUAAAAAUGGACCAAAAUCAUUAUCUCAAAAUAAGGUACAAAAACCAGUCUCAAAUUCUGAUCAGAAGAAAACAAAUAAUCAAAUUUGCAGUUCACCACGACGCCCUGCUCAAGAAAAUACAUCAUGGAAUGUCCUUGACCUCAAGAAAGAGAAUUACUUCUCAUGUGCUGUAGGGAGAAACCGAACGAAUGCUCGGUAUACUCUUGCCUCACCGGAUCAUGUUGUAGAGUUUCUGAUGGAACUAGCGGAUGCAUUACCACACUCUUUACUAUAUAGUUAAAUAUAUUUUUAGUCUCUGUAAACAUUGAUACAAGUUGAUUUUUAUCCGUACAAAAUAAUUAUUCGUUUUCAAUCCCUAAACAUUUAUAAAUUGUGUGGUUUUAGUCUUUCAUAAGAGACUCGUGAAUGAUGAGGGAUUAAAAAUACAAUAUUUUUAAAUGUAGGGAUUAAAAACAAAUAAAAAUUGAAUACAAACCAAAAUCAAAUUUAUUCAA